GCCAGAACAGCCCCCGUCAGCUUUCGUGGGCAUGUUUGAGGGGUUCCGCGCAGAGUUGGAUGAGCAUCACGAUCGCCGAGAAAGGAUCAUCAAGGCAUCCCGCGACAUCACCGCGUCAAGCAAGAAGAUCAUCUUUACGCUCCAGAGGGUCCGGACUAUCGGCCAGGCAUUGCCGCCAUGGGUCACCAAGAAGAACGCAGAGUACUGGGAGACGAUUGAAGACCGGUACAAGAACAUUGCUGCCGAUCUCCAAGGACUCAAUGCGUACCGGUACUCUCAUAACAUCACAGGCGGAAACCAGGAAUUCAUGGAGGCGCUCAGCUUCCAGCAUUACCUGGAAACCCAGUCGCUCAUCUCAUACGAAGAAGCAAAGGCACGCAUCAAUGCCAUGAGCGGCGGCGCUGGACCCAUCAACUUCACGCCAGAAGACUACAUCCUGGGUGUGUGUGACAUGACGGGCGAGCUCAUGCGCUUCUCCGUCACGAGCAUGGCCACCAGCGGAAAACUGCCAUCCGGCAAACAGGCAGAGUCAAACAAGCGGCUGAAGCACGACCACGAGGAGGAUGGCGGCGACAAGAUGGAGAUUGACGAGCAAGCGCCAGCUGCAAGCGAGGCUCAGAAGCCACGGACUGUCUUGGACGACCUGCGGGCGGUGCGGCUGCAGCUGGAGAUGUUUGACGUGCGUGGAGGGUCCAAGUUUGCGGCUGAGCUGGAGACGAAGAAGAUGCCGGUGAUGCGCGAGUGUGUAGACAAGGUGGAGAAGGGGCUGUACGGGCUCACGGUGCGGGGGAACGAGCGGCCGAAGGGGUGGAUGCCGGACAUGAGCAGCGGGCGGGGCGCCGAGGUGGAGAGCUUCUGAGGGCUGGCGAGUAUUGAGCAUGAAUGCGAGUGGCAGCAUGAAGCAUCAUGCCCCGUGUUGCGUGUGGUGGUGUGGUGUGGCUGUGUGGC